AUGUUCGCCAAGUACAUGGUCCCGGCUCUUGCCGCCAGCGCCUCCAUCCAGGGAGUUGCUGCCGCUGGCAACCACCGUCACCUUCACCAAAAGAAGGAUUACCAGGUUGUCGCAACUGAAGUUGAUAUCGCCACGCAGUGGGUCACGGUCACGGUCACUGAGGGCUUCGAGCCGACGUCGACCUCGGUGGCAAGCUCUUCAGCUCCGGUAGUUAACCCUGUUGAAAGUGCUUCUACCACUCCGGAGUCGGUUCCUGUUGCUGCGACUCCUUCUACCAGUGACCCUGUUGCUGCCGUGGCCACUUACACGACCACAUCCACUGACGGAGUUAAGCGUGGUGUUGCUUACAACGACGCCUCCUUCGUGGAUAUCAUCGCUGCCGCGGCUGGCAAUAAAAUCAGCUGGUGCUACAACUGGGGCUCCACCUCGGAUGGUCUCAAGGCCAGCGUCGACUACUCUGCCAUGCUCUGGUCGACGAGGUCUGACUUCAUCACUGUCUGGGAUACCAACGCUCAGGCCGCCAUUGACGCCGGCUCCACCGCCCUGCUCAGCUUCAACGAGCCCGACAACGGCGGACAGGCCAACAUGGAUCCCGCCAGUGCUGCUGCCGGUCACAUCCAGUACAUGAACCCCUACGCCUCUAAGGCUCGCAUCAGCUCCCCCGCCAUCACGAGCAGCCAAGAGGCCGGCCAGGGCACCGACUGGUUGGAACAGUUCUUCACCGCUUGCAACGGACAGUGCUCCGUCGACUUCUGCGCCGCCCACUGGUACGGACCCGGCGGUGAGGAAGGCGCCGACGAGAUGCUCGCACACCUGCUCAACGUCCAAACUGCCUGCCAGGGCAAGAACGUCUGGUUGACCGAGUUCGCCACCGUCAGCGGCGACUCCUCCACCUUCAUGACGAGAGCUCUCGACCAGCUCGACAACAACCCCACCUACUCCUUCGUCGAGAGGUACUCGUACUUCUACCUCGCCGCCGGCAGUCUCAUGGACUCGGCCACAAGCCUCAGCACCCUCGGCCAACUUUACGCUUCAUCGUAGGGGAAGGAAUUCGCUAGCCUUGAGCGGUCCCAGUUCCUUUCCACUUCUUGUAGCAAUUUUUUCAGCGGCGCACGGAGAGGGAGGGGAGGCCGGCCUUGCUGGGCCUCUCUCGUGUUUGGGGAUUACAAAAACCAGUUCUUUUCACUUCUCUUGUAAAUACUUCCGAUGACUCGCGACAGAGUGUCCUUUGGACACAGAAGUCUAUCUAUUAGGAGGUUGUUUUGAUGAUCAUGCAAGUAAAAGGAUUUUUACAAAAUCUUUUUUUCGGUUCGAUGUUUAGAUUACGGACAGCGCAGCGCAACCUCAGGAUCAGGAUAGAUUCAUGAGCUACGAACACAAGACAAUUAAGACGAACUUAAACGCG